GUAGGCGCUGUCUUGAAAAAAAGUAUUUAAAAACUGAAAAUCUUCAAACAGCAUUUAAACAUUUAUAUUAACGAAUAGCUAGCAAAUAAAAGUAUAUAAGUGUCACUUUGAGAUAGCAUGUGGUAGAGAAGAUUGGCCGUAUCAUGGAACCUGCAGACGAUGUCCAUGCAUAGCCAGCAACAUGCACACGCCCAGAUCCAUCCAGACAAACCCGCGCCUGUAGAAGACAAGCCCGUACAAAGUGACCAGACAGCUGUUACCAGAGAUGAAGAUCAGCAGAGACAGAAGCAACCACCCAAGCAGUUUACCCCCUCAGAGCGAGAGUAUUGGCAACAGAAAUUACCCAGUGGGUUUCAGUUCUACCUCGAGCGCCAAGCCCGUAGUAUUAUCAGGAACCAGCCACAAAAUAUUUUAACGUUUUCAGCCUCCUACUUCGAGGAGCUGCUUGUUAGUAGAAAUGCUGAGCUAUGGAAACUCCCCACUGAAUCGUAUUUUAUGAAACUUUACAAGAAGAAAACCAACGCUUUACCUUGGAAGCCCAACAGAAGAAAGCUACACAGAGUCAUAGCUGAGUCCAUUCCUCACAGUGUCGUUGUAUUUCCUGAUGUUGUUGCCUUAGAACACUACCCAACACAGAUGAUUUUUAAUGACGAAGCUGUGAACCCAACUGUGGAGAGUGCCCCGCCAGAGCCUGAACUUAAACCUCAGGAAUUUGGUGCUGUAGAACCCGUGUCUGACCCAGCUCCCAUCUCGCUCGCCUUUGAUUCCAGCACCAGCAGCUUCGACACGGCCGAGGACGCCACGCUCUACGUCAUGGACGGUCUGCAGGCCAAGGAGAAGAGUGUGCUCCACAGUCUGAACGACAGUCUGCACAGUGACGCUGACAGCAGGAGGGCGGCAGACACGGACGACGACAGGCACACCGAGGACAGCUCCAAGUCGUCCAUGGUGACCAACGUCAGCACUUUUGCUUCGGAUAAUACUCAAAAUAACAACAAGCGGUCUGAGGACGAGGGUAUGACAACCCAGGUAGAGUCGAGCGCACCUUCGGGUGGUUGCCAUGACGAUGAGAAGUGUGAUGUGCAGAACCCAGGUGAGCCACUCCCUGAUGACGUCACUCACUCCAUGUUCAAAGAUGCCGCCGCAGGUCAUGGGGGUGACAACAAUGUUCCCUGUAGGAAAUCUCCAGUCUCUGAUGAAAGCUUCAGCCUCAAUCCUGGCCUGUCAACUGUGAUGGGAAACCAAGGACAAACACACAAGGAUAUACUUUGCAAGGCAACGUUGUCGCAGUGUCAAAUUGUGUUUCAACAUGCAAUAGACAAUGGUGUCAAAGAUAUAUACGUCAACACAUUGAAUGAGAUUAACGGCACACUACACGACACGAAGUAUUAUCAAAACGGACCUACCCCGCCCGCCAUGUACUUAAACAGCAGGUUCGUUGAGGAGAAUCACCAGAACAGCUCAAGUGAAGCAAAGAGUGAAGAAAAUAGUGAAGCAUUAGAUCACUUGUCUGGCUCGACAAGCCAGAUGAAACAGGAGCUAGAAAACUGCUCCACCCCAACAGAUAUCCAGCCAAUAGGCGCGGAUCACUCAAGUUUAGCUGCUCUCGCAGACGACAGGUGUGUCAUUCAACAGCUGGAUAACAAUUUUAGCUGCGUCGUCGACGCUCAGGACGUUGAAAGCAACGAUGUGCGAAUCCAUGAAGUCAACAGCGGGGUCCAGCAAGACGAAGACUCAAUAGAGGAAGAUAUCCAGGCUCGGUUUCGUGCAGAGGCCGAGAUCUACUUCAUACCAAUACAGCUGGAUGAGAUCUCUGUGGAGUAUGUUCAGCCAAACAAAGAUGUAGACGCCGGGCCGGUGGAAUCAUUUGAUAAGAAAACGGACUCUGUUGAGCAGCUCCCUGACAACUGCACCAAUGUGGCGCUCCAAGAUGUGGAUGUAGGGAAUCAGCUCCAAGAUGUAGAUGUAGGGAAUCAGCUCCAAGAUGUGGAUGUAGGGAAUCAGCUCCAAAAUGUAGAUGUAGGGAAUCAGCUCCAAAAUGUAGAUGUAGGGAAUCAGCUCCAAAAUGUAGAUGUAGGGAAUCAGCUCCAAGAUGUGGAUGUAGGGAAUCAGCUCCAAAAUGUAGAUGUAGGGAAUCAGCUCCAAGAUGUGGAUGUAGGGAAUCAGCUCCAAAAUGUAGAUGUAGGGAAUCAGCUCCAAAAUGUAGAUGUAGGGAAUCAGCUCCAAGAUGUAGAUGUAGUGAAUCAGCUCCAAGAUGGCUGCACCAAUGUGGAUGUAGCUCAGAACCUCCAAGAUGGCAAGCCUGAUGUGUGCCAGGAAUAUCAAAAUGAGGCCAAGGUGAACCUUGGUCUAGAAGAAGCAGUUGUUACCGAACAUGGCGAAAACAGCCAUGAGAACGCCAGCUCUCAAACUGAUACCGAAGUCGUCUGCCAACAUCUAGAGGGGCUGGGGAAGGAAAGGUUUGCAACUGCUAUUCAAAUUGCCGAAAAAUAUAUUUCAGAGCUGAAAAAUGUGGCAUCCAACAUUGAGAAAAUCAUAGAUCUCCAGAACAUGAGAAAAUUAUCACAGGAAGAGAGUAAACGAGAGAGUAAGAAGGAGCUGACGAUGAAGACUGUGGUCAAGAUUAAACCGCCAGCUCAGGAGACGGACAAGACAAAACAGCUCUCGGCAGGGGAGCACCAUCCCAUGGUCUCCAGAUCUCUGCUAGAGGAGCUGGCUAACAAGAUCGUGGAUCUAUACGACAACACUUUAGCUGUUGGGGAAACUAUGCCGGGGGAGUCACUCAAGAAGGCAAGGACAGGCGGGGUCGAGAUGGUGUGUGAUCAAGGCGGGUGUUUUGAGGGCAGCGAGACCAAAAAGGUGACUGAAGAAGGCAUAAGUUUACCGACCCCCGGGGAAACAAUCCGAGAGGUGUCUGUUGACUGUAACAACUCACAUUCAGAUAGAAAAUAUGACAAGGGAGAAAACACAUGUUGGGAUGUUAACACCGAAAUAGAUAGCACCCAGCUUCAGUAUUGCAACAGAAACAUCAACAACAACGGCAAUGUUUUCAGCUCUAGUGAUUCUAAAAAUAGUAACAGACAUGUUCUGGAAGCAUGUGCUACGUGUAAGCUAAAUACCAACUGCAACACAUCAACACAUAAUAAAAUGGGAGAGUGUGCAACGUGUAAGCAAAACACCAACUGCAACACAUCAACACAUAAUAAAAACAAAUCCAGAUCCACUAAAGCCAAGCACGCAUCAGCCCAAAAGAACACCACCAAUAACUCGCUGGAAGUAGAGAGCAGGUACCCAAGCUUACUAAAACCCACACCCCAGUUAACGGACAAGCUGAUUCGCUGGCUCCACACAUGUCCGACGGCUGACGAGUUCUCACAGCCCUCCGACGUGUGUGACGUGAACCCCCCGGGCUACCCCCUGGGGAAUGUUCCAACCCCAGGGUACCGCCACAUCAGGAGACCCUGCAUACCUUUCCCUCAGCUGGCCUCUAAAAACUUCCAGAAGUUGAGCAACUGCUCGUUCAACAGCACGACGGGGGAGGCCGGCGUGUCUGGAACUGACCAGCAGGCCAGCCCGCCAGGUACACAGAGGAAAUGCAAGUCUGUCUUUUGUCGAGACAAACAACCAAGUCUGGAAUCCGCGAAGAAAAUCCCAAAACCACAGCACAGAUUCCAAAAAAACAGUAAGGACGAGAAAUGUCUAACCCAGCCAGAGAAACAAGCGGGACAGCAAGUCCCUGGUGAGAAAAGCAAGGCGCCAACAUGUAAGGCUGGCGUGGUACCAGCGGUAGAAGAGAAGAAGACAGGUAACCAGGUGGCCAGUAAAGAUGGCCCCACUCAGGUCAGCAAACAAGACAAGUGUACGAAAGUCAAAGCUCGCAAUAGCCAUGAGCACACAACCGCCAACUAUGUUGACUGUCCUAAAGGAAUCAGCUUAAAGAAAAAACAAUCGGAUCAUUUAAAAAAGACCACACCCAAAAACCAGGAAACGAAACAAAAACUGUCAGAGAAUGUCAACUCGUGUAUAAAACAAGCAGAGCAGGAAACGAAACAAAAACUAUCAGAGAAUGUCAACUCGUGUAUAAAACAAGCAGAGCAGGAAACGAAACAAAAACCUUCAGAGAACGUCAGCCUAAAACAAGCAGACAGGCAGCUGGCGCAGAAGAAGAAAGUUUUCCCACUGCGAGUCUAUACCUUCCCAACGCUCAGCUCUACUGCACCUACCUACGUCCCGGACGUGGCGAGGCGAUUGACCAUCGAGUCCCCCCUGGAAAACCUAAUGAUUCACACCACGUACGAACGGCCUAACCCUCUCCAGCCUGAACUAAGGGGAGAGUUUGAACUCACCAGUAAGAAGCAGAGAAUCUACUUGGGGGGAAAGGAAGAUUACAUCGAUACGGAGGGUACGCGGAGGUUGGUCUGUGAAACGGAAUGUUUCACGUCCAAAGACCCUUUGACUCAAAAUCUGGUUUUAGAGAAUGGAACUCUGCUGGUGGAUGAGAAACCAAAUAGCCCACACCAUCUACAAAGAAGAAACGCCGCAGAUGGCCCGAGCGUCAGUCCAGCGGUGAUGAAGGACGUUCUCCUCAAGUUCAACGAACAUCGGGACGUACAGAGGCUGAACCACACCAUUCAGAUGGUUGGGGAUUUUAUAAUGAUUGGUGGCAAUAACUACAUGCACAGUGUGGGGCAACAGUUGAAUGGCAGCAAUAAAAGCUCGAACGCUUUGGCGUGUGUCGACUCGAGCAGCAUGAUGGAUGGCAGAGUUGUGCCGACAGCCCUCAGUGGUUGCGGAGAUGGCUGCUCGCUGUACGAUGGUGACAGACCAACACUUCAUUUAAACACAUGCGACAAACGAGAUGGCAACAUUAAUAACAACGCUGACGAGGGCUCUAAUCCUCAGGGGACGCAAUUUCAUCUCGUGGCUGAGGAGAAUCCAGUUGAAAAGAAACACGAGAAGGUCUCCUAUUUUAACUGCGCCCUAGAAGCCACAGAAGAUCUCAUCGUUGCUGGAGCUGAGUGCUGGGAAUCUUUUGAAGAUCCUAGCGUACAACAAGGCUCCUCUGCGGGUCUCGAAUACAACCUCAACAACAACAGCACAACUAAAGUGUCUGAGAUUGAUGAUACCACAUUGCAGUCGUCUAUGAAAAGUGUAAGUGCUCAAACAAACAGCUUAGCAAUCCCCUGCUGUAUCUUCAAAAAUACGUAUCACCUACUAAAUGUGAAAGAAUUAGAGGUACUGAACAUUGACAUGGAAGCAAUGCAGCAGACAUCGGGAGCGAGGCCGACAAAUUACUGCAAGCUUCCUCGUCAAGAAAAAUCCACAACUAAAGUGUCUGAGAUUGAUGAUACCACAUUGCAGUCGUCUAUGAAAAGUAAAAGUACUCAAACAUACAGCUUAGCAAUCCCCUGCUCUAUGUUCAAAAAUACUUAUCACAUACUAGAUGUGAAAGAAUUAGAGGUACUGAACAUUGACAUGGAAGCAAUGCAGCAGACAUCGGGAGCGAGGCCGACAAAUUACUGCAAGCUUCCUCGUCAAGAAAAAUCGAACCCGUGUCAGACCCAGCGCCCAUCUCGCUCGCCACGCUCUACGUCAUGGAAGGGCUGCAGGCCAAGAAAAACAGUGUCGUUCUCAGUGAACGACAGUCUGCACAGUGACGCUGACAGCACGAGGGCGGCGGACACGGACGACGACAGGCACACAGAGGACAGCACGCGCUCCAAGUUGUCCAUGAUGACCAACGUGAGCAUUUUUGCUUCGGAUAAUACUCAAAAUAACAACAAGCGGUCUGAAGACGAGGGUAUGACAACCCAGGUAGAGUCGAGCGCACCUUCGGGUGGUUGCCAUGACGAUGAGAAGUGUGAUGUGCAGAACCCAGGUGAGCCACUCUCUGCUGACGUCACUCACUCCAUGUUCAAAGAUGCCGCCGCAGGUCAUGGGGGUGACAACAAUGUUCCCAGUAUGAAAUCUCCAGUCUCUGAUGAAAGCUUCAGCCUCAAUCCUGACCUGUCAACUGUGAUGGGAAACCAAGGACAAACACACAAGGAUAUACUUUGCAAGGCAACGUUGUCGCAGUGUCAAAUUGUGUUUCAACAUGCGAUAGACAAUGGUGUCAAAGAUAUAUACGUCAACACAUUGAAUGAGAUUAACGGCACACUGCAUGACACGAAGUAUUAUCAACACGGACCUACCCCGCCCGCCAUGUACUUAAACAGCAGGUUCGUUGAGGAGAAUCACCAGAACAGCUCUGGUGAAGCAAAGAGUGAAGAAAAUAGUGAAACAUUAGAUCACUUGUCUGGCUCGACAAGCCAGAUGAAACAGGAGCUAGAAAACUGUUCCACCCCAACAGAUAUCCAGCCAAUAGGCGCGGAUCACUCAAGUUUAGGUGCUCUCGCAGAAGACAAGUGUGUCAUUCAACAGCUGGAUAACAAUUUUAGCUGCGUCGUCGACGCUCAGGACGUUGAAAGCAACGAUGUGCGAAUCCAUGAAGUCAACAGCGGGGUCCAGCAAGACGAAGACUCAAUAGAGGAAGAUAUCCAGGCUCGGUUUCGUGCAGAGGCCGAGAUCUACUUCAUACCAAUACAGCUGGAUGAAAUCUCUGUGGAGUAUGCUCAGCCAAGCAAAGACGUAGACGCCGGGCCGGUGGAAUCAUUUGAUAAGAAAACGGACUCUGUUGAGCAGCUCCCUGACAACUGCACCAAUGUGGUGCUCCAAGAUGUGGAUGUAGGGAAUCAGCUCCAAGAUGUGGAUGUAGGGAAUCAGCUCCAAGAUGUGGAUGUAGGGAAUCAGCUCCAAGAUGUGGAUGUAGGGAAUCAGCUCCAAGAUGUGGAUGUAGGGAAUCAGCUCCAAGAUGUAGAUGUAGGGAAUCAGCUCCAAGAUGUAGAUGUAGGGAAUCAGCUCCAAGAUGUGGAUGUAGGGAAUCAGCUCCAAGAUGUGGAUGUAGGGAAUCAGCUCCAAGAUGUGGAUGUAGGGAAUCAGCUCCAAGAUGUGGAUGUAGGGAAUCAGCUCCAAGAUGUGGAUGUAGGGAAUCAGCUCCAAGAUGGCUGCACCAAUGUGGAUGUAGCUCAGAACCUCCAAGGUGGCAAGCCUGAUGUGUGCCAGGAAUGUCAAAACGAGGCCAAGGUGAACCUUGGUCUAGAAGAAGCAGUUGUCACCGAACAGGGCGAAAACAGCCAUGAGAACGCCAGCUCUCAAACUGAUACCGAAGUCGUCUGCCAACAUCUAGAGGGGCUGGGGAAGGAAAGGUUUGCAACUGCUAUUCAAAUUGCCGAAAAAUAUAUUUCAGAGCUGAAAAAUGUGGCAUCCAACAUUGAGAAAAUCAUAGAUCACCAGAACAUGAGAAAGUUAUCACUGGAAGAGAGUAAACGAGAGAGUAAGAAGGAGCUGACGAUGAAGACUGUGGUCAAGAUUAAACCGCCAGCUCAGGAGACGGACAAGACAAAACAGCUCUCGGCAGGGGAGCACCAUCCCAUGGUCUCCAGAUCUCUGCUAGAGGAGCUGGCCAACAAGAUCGUGGAUCUAUACGACAACACUUUAGCUGUUGGGGAAACUAUGCCGGGGGAGUCACUCAAGAAAGCAAGGACAGGCGGGGUCGAGAUGGUGUGUGGUCAAGGCGGGUGUUUUGAGGGCAGCGAGACCAAAAAGGUGACUGAAGAAGGCAUAAGUUUACCGACCCCCGGGGAAACAAUCCGAGAGGUGCCUGUUGACUGUAACAACUCACAUUCAGAUAGAAAAUAUGACAAGGGAGAAAACACAUGUUGGGAUGUUAACACCGAAAUAGAUAGCACCCAGCUUCAGUAUUGCAACAGAAACAUCAACAACAACGGCAAUGUUUUCAGCUCUAGUGAUUCUAAAAAUAGUAACAGACAUGUUCUGGAAGCAUGUGCUACGUGUAAGCUAAAUACCAACUGCAACACAUCAACACAUAAUAAAAUGGGAGAGUGUGCAACGUGUAAGCAAAACACCAACUGCAACACAUCAACACAUAAUAAAAACAAAUCCAGAUCCACUAAAGCCAAGCACGCAUCAGCCCAAAAGAACACCACCAAUAACUCGCUGGAAGUAGAGAGCAGGUACCCAAGCUUACUAAAACCCACACCCCAGUUAACGGACAAGCUGAUUCGCUGGCUCCACACAUGUCCGACGGCUGACGAGUUCUCACAGCCCUCCGACGUGUGUGACGUGAACCCCCCGGGCUACCCCCUGGGGAAUGUUCCAACCCCAGGGUACCGCCACACCAGGAGACCCUGCAUACCUUUCCCUCAGCUGGCCUCUAAAAACUUCCAGAAGUUGAGCAACUGCUCGUUCAACAGCACGACGGGGGAGGCCGGCGUGUCUGGAACUGACCAGCAGGCCAGCCCGCCAGGUACACAGAGGAAAUGCAAGUCUGUCUUUUGUCGAGACAAACAACCAAGUCUGGAAUCCGCGAAGAAAAUCCCAAAACCACAGCACAGAUUCCAAAAAAACAGUAAGGACGAGAAAUGUCUAACCCAGCCAGAGAAACAAGCGGGACAGCAAGUCCCUGGUGAGAAAAGCAAGGCGCCAACAUGUAAGGCUGGCGUGGUACCAGCGGUAGAAGAGAAGAAGACAGGUAACCAGGUGGCCAGUAAAGAUGGCCCCACUCAGGUCAGCAAACAAGACAAGUGUACGAAAGUCAAAGCUCGCAAUAGCCAUGAGCACACAACCGCCAACUAUGUUGACUGUCCUAAAGGAAUCAGCUUAAAGAAAAAACAAUCGGAUCAUUUAAAAAAGACCACACCCAAAAACCAGGAAACGAAACAAAAACUGUCAGAGAAUGUCAACUCGUGUAUAAAACAAGCAGAGCAGGAAACGAAACAAAAACUAUCAGAGAAUGUCAACUCGUGUAUAAAACAAGCAGAGCAGGAAACGAAACAAAAACCUUCAGAGAACGUCAGCCUAAAACAAGCAGACAGGCAGCUGGCGCAGAAGAAGAAAGUUUUCCCACUGCGAGUCUAUACCUUCCCAACGCUCAGCUCUACUGCACCUACCUACGUCCCGGACGUGGCGAGGCGAUUGACCAUCGAGUCCCCCCUGGAAAACCUAAUGAUUCACACCACGUACGAACGGCCUAACCCUCUCCAGCCUGAACUAAGGGGAGAGUUUGAACUCACCAGUAAGAAGCAGAGAAUCUACUUGGGGGGAAAGGAAGAUUACAUCGAUACGGAGGGUACGCGGAGGUUGGUCUGUGAAACGGAAUGUUUCACGUCCAAAGACCCUUUGACUCAAAAUCUGGUUUUAGAGAAUGGAACUCUGCUGGUGGAUGAGAAACCAAAUAGCCCACACCAUCUACAAAGAAGAAACGCCGCAGAUGGCCCGAGCGUCAGUCCAGCGGUGAUGAAGGACGUUCUCCUCAAGUUCAACGAACAUCGGGACGUACAGAGGCUGAACCACACCAUUCAGAUGGUUGGGGAUUUUAUAAUGAUUGGUGGCAAUAACUACAUGCACAGUGUGGGGCAACAGUUGAAUGGCAGCAAUAAAAGCUCGAACGCUUUGGCGUGUGUCGACUCGAGCAGCAUGAUGGAUGGCAGAGUUGUGCCGACAGCCCUCAGUGGUUGCGGAGAUGGCUGCUCGCUGUACGAUGGUGACAGACUAACACUUCAUUUAAACACAUGCGACAAACGAGAUGGCAACAUUAAUAACAACGCUGACGAAGGCUCUAAUCCUCAGGGGACGCAAUUUCAUCUCGUGGCUGAGGAGAAUCCAGUUGAAAAGAAACACGAGAAGGUCUCUUAUUUUAACUGCGCCCUAGAAGCCACAGAAGAUCUCAUCGUUGCUGGAACUGAGUGCUGGGAAUCUUUUGAAGAUCCUAGCGUACAACAAGGCUCCUCUGCGGGUCUCGAAUACAACCUCAACAACAACAGCACAACUAAAGUGUCUGAGAUUGAUGAUACCACAUUGAAAGAUGUCGACCAGCUUCCCACAGAGGCAACACAAGACGAGCCCAAAAGAUUGUCCAUGACCAAAGGUCGCAGACGAUCAAAACCUUCUGGUAACAAGACAACCAAAGGUGAAUGUAUCGACUGCAUCCCCAGUCUAGUUGGCGACGCUGACGUCAAGGUAUACUCGACUGUCGAGAACCAAGUUGUGGCCACAGACAUCAGCAUCUGCGACGCUGCCCAGACGGGCUCGUCUCUCUCCCUGAGGACAGCCGAGCUGCCGCCCCGGGACAUGGACAGAGUCAACAUCAGGGGCCACAAGCUGUGGACGCCCAGCUCAUGCUGCCCACCCGAGCCGAACGUACGAGGGGUGUGUGUGGACAGCGAAGUCCAGGGCAGCGUCCAGGACAUUUGCCCGAGUGUCGGCUGCCAGACGGGCAAGCAGACCAAAGAAUUUAUCAAAGGCUACAUCGUCAACUACGACCAGGUCAAGACGUGCGAGUGCUACAGGCGGACCAAUUCCUGCUCGAGGAAAUUUGACUUUGAGGUGCAGGUUCACUGCGGGGAUAUCUGCCGCACCAACCUGUCGCAGACUGGGAAGUCGAUGGAGAACUUAGAACCGUUUGUCAGGAGGCAGAAACCUCGCGAGCCGGGAGAUUUCCCGUUUGAGAUGGUGGACUUCGAGGCGCAGGUGACGCCGUGUGACAUCAACCCCUGUGACGAGGCGCAGACGGGCGCGUCACUCAUGCUGACGGAGCCGUUCCCCCCGGUCAAGCCCUCGCUCAGUGACGACUCGGAGUGUAACGACAUGACGUGGGGCGAACUAAGUAUCUAUGACAUGACUCCUGAACACAGAAGCAUCUCAGCAUAUAUUAAAACAGCCGAGGAACUAUUCCAACGUGAAAAAACGGACCGGACCUUAUACCCUUCAAGUGCCAAAACCGCUAAGGCUCCGUCCAAAGUGCGAAUGGCAGAAGCAAACCCAUCAUCAAACGAUAUGUAUAGAAGCAGUCGCCAGCCGAGCCGUUAUGAUAACACGAUGGAUCAAGACGACUACAGGAACUACGUAUCCACAGACUAUAUGCCGCCUGAGCAGACGAUGGAUCAUGAACAAGGCGAAUUCAGGUCGGUGCCGCGACGGUAUGAAUCGCUCACCGUCACAACUUAUCAACAGGAGGAGGCCCACGGUGCUCCCGUGGCUCCCAAGAAAAGAUACAACACAUUUGGUGCUGGGAAAGCUCUAAAAGACAUAGACGACCAAGAGGAAAGUGGCGAAGAGGAGGAGGGUGAAGUUGGAAACAAAGAACAUCGGCCGUACAAAAGGAAACGAAAGCCUAACGACGGACCUAGCGUCGGCAUCCAAACAGCGCAUGACGAAAGGAAGAAAAGUAUCCUCUACUGAUUAGGUGGACUAAUUAGUGACAAGAACAAUGAACCAAAAAGUAUUCUCUAUUAAUUUGGUGGCCAGAACAAUGAACCAAAAAGUAUUCUCUAUUGAUUCGGUGUCUAGAAAAA